AAAAACAAGCGUAACGACCAGCGUCAUCCGAGAACGCCGAUCUGCAUAAAUUAAUUCGACUAGUGCAAAUCGAACCUUUAGAAAGUCCUCGACGCAGCUUUGCGUACUUAACUGUCUCUCGAAGAGAAAAUCCAAAUCGCGAACGCAGAAGAAAUCAAGAAAGCGACUGAUAUAAACGGCGUUUCGAUCUGGGCCGCGAUCCUUCAAGCUCCACGCGUCUAUGUAUGGUGUAUGGGCAUAUGAUAUCGUGCGAUGCGAGUUGCGACAGACACAUAUUGUGGCGAACGACACCAUAGCCAUAAGAUACAUCGAUAUAUCGUAUCGUGACGAUGUGCGUCGCUACGAUAUAUGUAUACGUACUGCUGGUUUGAACUUUGAAUAGCACCUCUAAAACUUUACGCGCAGUCGGACGUCGACAGCGGGCUGGAAUAGGAGCCGGCGAAUGUAGUCAGUUUCUCGUGGCCUAGCUGAUGAGUAGGUACUGUAUAGGUGUACAUCCUACCUAGUAGCUCGGCAACGGCGCCCCAUAUCGUGUUUUAAAAAACAACGGAGAAAGUAACCAUGGAUCGCGGUGAGGAGGAGUACCGGAGAUCGCCUGUCCUGAUCCCGGUGCUGUUGAGCGCCAUCGCCAUUCCCUUGUCGAUGCUCUUCUGGACCAUCAACGUGGUUUAUUCCUUCUUGUCGCCCAGCGUCGAGCAACAUCAGAGUGACGGAUACAUAGUCAUAUCUCCCUGGCGAUGGCUUGUAGCAGUCCUCCUCCCAAUUUUGUGUUCAUUAUGGGGGCUGAAACGGAAAGCAAUCGUCAUGUCUGGAGCAAUCUUAGGUUUUAUGAUGGGCUUCAUUCUAACAUUAACGAGCUUGUCCCAUGUGGCAUGCUUGAUAGCUUUCUUUUUCACAUCAUCAAAAGCUACAAAAUUUCGUAUAGAAAAAAAGAAAACCAUUGAGGAACUGAAAGAAGGAGGUCAAAGAAAUUGGAUCCAAGUACUCUGCAAUGGUGGAAUGGCUACACAAUUAGCCAUUUUAUAUUUAUUAGAUGUUGGUUGUGGUGAACGACCAAUUGACUUUGAUAAAGAUUACAGAAGUUCGUGGCUUUCUAUAGGAAUAAUGGGUGCAACGGCUUGCUGUAAUGGAGAUACAUGGGCUUCAGAAAUUGGCACUGUUGUUGGCAAAUCAGAUCCCUUUCUCAUUACUUCAAGAAAGAGAGUACCGAGAGGUACCAAUGGUGCAGUGUCUUGGGUGGGACUGCUAGUUUCAGCAUUAGGUGGUCUCGUAGUAGGUUUAUUUCACUAUUUAACUGUAUUGUAUGCAGUUGAUAGCGCUGUUCUCGAAGUUGCGGCUCCUCAAUGGCCAAUUAUAGUUUUGGGUGGAGUUGGAGGAUUGUUAGGUAGCAUUGUUGAUUCUAUUUUAGGGGCAACCUUACAAUAUUCAGGAAUAAACGAGAAGGGAAUGAUAGUGGAGAGGCCAGGAAAAGGUGUAAAACACAUUAGUGGCAGACAAAUUCUCGAUAACCACAGCGUGAAUUUACUCUCAAGUAUAAUUAUAGCUCUAACACUUCCAAGAAUAGCAAAUCUUGUAUGGCCUUAAAAAAUUGUUGAGAGCAAUGAAAUUGUUUUUAUACCUUUAUAUGGACAGAGUGAUAUUUGAUUGCAAUUAUAUUUAGUUUGCGGCUUCUUAUUAUAAGCCAUAAAGAUGUCAAUUAAAAAUAGUAAAGUUGUUGAGGAGAGUGAGCAAUAUUUUUGCUACAUCGUAUAGAUAUCGUAUAUAUACAUACAUGUAUAUAUGUUAUCGUCGGCAGCAAACUUAAGUUAUUGAAAAGUGAUUGGUGUGCGUGUUAUUGAGAAUUUCACGAAUUUUGAGAAAGUAACAUAAGGUUAUAUCUUCGUAUUUACUAUUUGUAUAUUAUAUUAAAUGUAGAAAGUGUUUAUACUUAAUUCUUACGUUAUAUGUGUUUACUCAUUUUAUAAAUAUGCCAUGUCUAGAUUUUUUAUUAUAAAGCGUUGAGGAAAGAUUGUACAAGAGUGGUUGAUAAAUAAUAACGUCUAUUUGUUUCUAAACACA